CGCCGACUUCCAUCCGGACAGCUCAUUGGGUACCGUGUCAUGAACAGCGCCCAAGCGAAAGAAUGGAAAUCUGCAGGCACCGUCGUUCCGGGCAAAAAAAUCGGCCAGAGACAGCUCGGUGAAGGGCAGUACACUACACCUGGGAUUGGGCAAUGGCCAGGACCAAUGGACAGACAGUUUUGUGCUAUUUCUGCCAACGCCAACGCCUGGAAUCAAGCCGAAAAGGCGUGGAUUCCGGCAGCAGACACCUCUGGUAACAAACUCUGGGAGAAUCCCAUCAAUAUGGACAUGUACAUCAAGAAACUCGGUUUCAAGGAUCCAGAGAAGGUUGCCCGUAUGUCUGUCAUCAAGGGAAUGGAGGACACACUCCAGAUGGUGAUUCCAGAUGCAUUUACCAAGAAAGGUGGAGGCAACUUGGAUUUAAAGUUUGAGUGUCAUCCAAAUGUUGAGGAUUUCAACGGGAAUACGCCUGAGGUGGAUUAUUAUUCGUGGAAGGGUGUAAAGGGUGAACCAAUUCAUCCUAAUACUGAUUGUUAAAUUCAAGUUAGCAGGGAUAUUGUUGAUUUCCAUAUAUGGUUGGGACCGUCGGACAGACCCAGAUUUAAACUAUGAUCUAUAAACAGCUUAAUAGACUCGUCA